AUUUACCAGAAACUACAGCAUAAUAGUGCCUUUUCAUAACAUGCUGUAUAUUAGGUGUAAAAAUAUCAUACACACUCAGCUUCUAAAAUUUCAGCUGUAAGUGGAUUUCCAGACUCUGGACGUUUUGGAUAAGAUUAAGUGUAGCUUAAGCACCACUUGAAAUUAAAGUACUUUUUAAAGUUCAGUCUGUCUAGGCAAGGAAAGUCCACCUGCCCCCACCCCCAAGCAAGUGAUUCCUUGUGGUGUUUUUAAGAAAUGCUAAGAAGUGCAGACUGAAAGAGGAAGGUACUUGAGACUAAACAAGAAGUCAUCUGCAUGAAAUCAGCCUGAAGAGGGUUUAUUGCUAAACUGAGUACUGCGAUCUCAUUUUUUUUCAGUCUUUGCUUUAUUUUUCAGGUAAUGGUGAGCUACUGAGUGGGAAGAGUAAAAGGUGGUUUUAAAUAUGACCCAUGCACCACCACCAGAAUGAAAAGCCCAAGCCUGAGCUUUUGGCCAGCUCUCUAGGAAAGCCCCAAUCUUUCUACAAAAAUCCUGCACAUCACCAGCAUGGUACAUUGCAGCAUACACACCUUGAAGAUGUGUCAUCCCCAGUAGUGCAGACUUGCUACUGUGGGUCAAACUGCUUUGACAAGCCUGGGCUCUCUGCAAUCCACACUGUGCAAACUGCAUGUGCAAAAAUCCCUCACUCACCAGUCCAGAGCUCCUGCUGACAACCUGCACUUUUUCUGUCUUCUUUAAGACACUGUGCAAUGCAAGGCUUUCAAGGAUUGUCAGCAUAAUAUCAUCAUUUUUUAUGCCAUGUAUUUGCAAGUUGUUAUAUAGAAUUUGCUAUUUAUGUGCAAGGCCUGUUUGCUCAAUUUUUGAGCAUUUGUGUGAAGUUAAUAGCGUCAAGGGGGUUUCCAGACAUUGGUCUCUGCAACACAGAACUGUUGUAAUUUCUCCUCAGAGUAGAAGUGGUAAAUAUUUGAAAAUUCGUUAUAAACCAGAAUCUUCAUUUUUGUUUGGUUUGCUUUCACAGGAAGAGCUCUGUUGCAAUUGCCCCUUAAAACAUUCCAGCCUCCACGAACCACAUCAGUUCCCUAGGUUUCUGCUCAUCUUAUACAUUGCGCUCCUGGAGGUAUCCCUUGCACCAUUUGAGCCUGACUGAAAGCCUGCUGGUGUCUCUUUAAGUCCCUCCAUUGGACUUUCAGUUAACUGCAGCCUUUAUUCAGAGACACGACUUCUCUAGAAAAGCCUCUGCAGCAGGAAACUGGUGUUACCUCACCACCCAUCUCAAUAGUUCAGUCACCAACCAUUUGGCCCAUAGAUCUACAUGCUGGGAUAUGCAGGCAACGGAGAGAAGCUGCAGUUCCCCUACAAAAAGUUUGCAUUUAGCUCAUAAAUGCUACAUUAAAAUUAAAACCAGCAGCACCAUAACACAAAGAAACAUGAUUGGCAGGGAGGACAAGGACAAAGCUGAUGAAGAAGAACAGUAGAUGGCGCCACAGCUCUGCUGAUGAGAUUUUCCCCAAGAGUCAGGGAUGUGCUGCUAUUUCUAUAUGCAGUUCCCUAUGCUAGUGACUUUACAAGAACAGUUCCUUGCAUGAAAGAAUUGCUUGAAGCCCUGAGAUGCAGCUUCAGCUAUUUUUCAGGGCUCCAAUCAGGUAGGAACAAACCAGAAGUAAAUGGCACCUGAAGCAGAUUGCUACACCUUUGUCCACAUCCCUUUGCCAUCCCUUUUGCCCAGGGCAAUUUCUGAGCAACAUAAACCUAGCCUGAGUGAAGACCACUAGGAAAUUGGGAGCAUUUCCCACUGGAAGGGCCUCACGUGGUGUUGCUGAUGGCCUAAAACACUCUUGGAUGGGGACUAGGGUAAGCACAUGCAGGAAUUUAGGGACAUCUCACUAGACAACUUCAUUAGGGACUUCAUCCUCAUGGAUGAAGUACCUUCACCAACACAUUUUCUUUGCCCUAGUGGAAAGGCAUUUGAGGAGGCUCAAAGCUGGGUUAGUAUGUUAUGCACCACGGAAGUAUCAGAACUGACUAAAAUUUGACAGGGACAUGUCAACCAGCAGCUCCAGAGUCCCUUUCCAGCAAGUCUUUGCCUUAUUCUAGUCCUUCUUCCCCUUGGGAUCCUUUGUUAGGAAAUAGACUGCAGUCAUCUGAUUUUUCUGAAGGGAACCCUCAUUUGAAUCAUUAAGGAUCAUCAUUACUUGGUCUGUUUUUUGGUUCCUUAUUGGUCCCACUGACAGUCGCUGCUUUCCAGAGCCUUGUGGUAGCUCACAUAUCAGGAGGCCACAAUGCAAGAGAAGGACAAAUUACAAGCUACAAUAAAGACAACAAUCAACACACAGGCUAGAGUUUACAGAUCUAGACAGAUUCCCAAAAAAAGGCAACUGGAGGCAGUGGCAUACACCUUUUUUACACAAGGCUAAAGGAGUGAAGUAUCUCCAGAUUCACCAUAAAUUCUCACUAUCCCUGUAAUCACUCUUGCUCCCCCUGUAGGAAGGACCCUCUGCCUUGAGCUUGCUCCAUUAUUUCUUCUGCCCAUCUCUAGCAUCAAUUCAUUCUUUUAAUUUCCACCACAGGGUGGCAUUAUCAAACUCCAUCAGACUUAAAAGCCAUUCAUGAUCAAGUAGGACACCGCAGUCUAGCAACUAGAGUCAGUGAUGAACAAGUACAGAGCAGGAAAAACAUAUUUAUGAAAAGUAAGGAAGAAGUAGUCACUAUGCCCUGCUGGUGGAAGAAAUGUCAAUUUCUCUAUUUAUUUUUGUUUUAUUUGUGUGUUCUUAUUGAGCAAAUAAGAGCCUGUGGAUGUUAAAUUGACUACAAGUGUUUCAUCAAGUUCACAAAAAGCAUCGGAAUAUCUUGUUAGUCACAAAGAUGAGUGACAAGUUCCAGUGAAAACCAAUAAGAGUUGCUCAGCCCUACUUUUUGUUCCUAUCAGUUUUAUUUCUGCACCCUGAGAGGUUUUGCCUGUUAUUAAAAAGUGAACUGAAUAUUACAUAAGUUGUCUAUACAGCUUGUCUUGAAGAGAACUAGCAGCGAAACAGCUUUCACCUGGCAAUGGCAGAGUGCCUGGGUCUUACAAACAUAGAAAGAAGAUUAUUGUAGCAACUGUUAACAGCAAGUAUUGCUUCUUAGUCCUGAUCCUAUGAAAGUACUUUGUAUUUUGUAACUAGCUUCAUUUAUGUUACAAAUACUGCCCAAGGACAUGGCAGGAAAGACUGUGAAGGUAUCUGUUGUGUAGAUGUUUAGGGCAGUCUGUUAACAAGCUUUUGAAGACUACCAACAACUACAGUAUUUGAGUCUUGGAGGCACUACUACAAAGCAAACAGAAAACUAAGGCUUUUUGCCAAAAUGCCAUAAUUCCUUCGUAUCUAAACUCAUUACAAUGAACAUUAAACAAACUGGCCUGAGGAAACCUCUGCUAUUCAUUGCUGCCUUGUCUUUAAUUACAUAUUUAUUUAUUGGUGGGGAGCAGCCUUUAACUAAAACAUCAUGGCGAUGUCUGAGAAAAAAAAAAAAGAAAACAUAUAUCUCAGGUAUCAACUAUUCCUCAGACUUGGAAAUAGUGCAAAUAUGUCAUCUUCCUGUAGAAAUAGCUUGGGAACAUUUCCUUGAUCACUGAACAAGUCAAAGAAAGAUCCUUAUGGUAUCAUUUCACUUUUAAAAACACAACUCUUAUUUUCCAUUAGUGAUUUUUAUUCUAAGUAAAAUUCAGCAUAUACAAUGAUUGUUUCUGUAAUGCUUAAGGUUUAAAGUUUCAGUUCUUUUUUGUGAGGAGUUCUGAAUAUAGCAGCUUUGCUAUCACAGAACAGGGAAAGAAAGAAAAUUAGGUUGAAAGCAAAUUUGUUGAAAACAAAUUUGGUUGUAUCCAAACAGUGGAUACAAACAGCAGAAUAAAUAGGACCAGACCACAGGGAAAAAAAAUAGUGUAGGGAAAUGCAACUUACCACCAUUAAGCAAAUAAAAUAGUCAUGACCAUCUAAGACCUAAAUCUUCUGUUUCCUAAAACUUCUUCAGCACAAGCAGCUGUCUUAGCCAAAGGGAAUUCAUAUGUUCAAAACAUUUGAGGUAAAUUAUGAAUGAACCACCUGGGAAAAGAGUAUAGAUGAUGGAUGUCUCUAGAACUAAGAAAUUAUUUCAUUUUCUGCAUCUAGUUCUCUUAUCAGAUUGCUUCAGUUUUAAUCAGGCACAGUAAGUUUGGAAUAAUCUGAAAAUUAGUAGGCAGAUAACUGCACAAUGAAUAGGUGACACAAGCUUUUUGCUAACAAGAAUGGAUUGGCACUAUAGAUAUGCAAACUGUGAUUCAAGUUCACCUGAAUUGCAAGGGCAUGGCCCAAGGCCUGACCAGGCAAGAAGAGGUUGGCCACCUGAUGGAGAGGACUGUUCGCUGAGAAAGGUACCUGCUUGUGCACUUCGGCAGCCUGGAUCAAAGACUGAUCUAUCUUCAGUUUAUCUUUAGUCACCGUCACCUGCCUCUUUCCUGAGACAACCUCUUCUGGACAACCUCUUCUCUAAUACACACUUCUGAAUCAUCUAUCCAUGGCCAAUGCAGAUAACAUAGGGAAUAGAUGGUGCUUUGGUGUAUCCGUGGUGAGUGCCUCACAGUAACAGCAUCUAGCUCACAGAUUAGACUCACAGAUCUAUCUCCAGUCCUUCCUUUGGCGAGACUAGUGUGCAACCUGCAAGAUGGCAAGUUAAAAAUAAGAUUUUCCAUAAAAGCAGGGAGUGGCUGAAAUCAUCUUUUGGCAAGAAGCAGGGUUUUCACUGUUUGGGUUGUUCUGCUUUUAGUUUUUAUUAAGUUCCCCUCUUUUGGUUCUGAUCUGUGCCCUAACAAAGGACUAGCCACCUCUCAGUCAGGCUAAUCAGAUUUGGUCCACAUCUCUGCGCUCUUGUGAUUUUUUUUUGCCAGCGCCACGUACCUGAUACCACCUAGUAAAAAGGUAAGACCUCUUAUUUCUUCUCCCCCUUUCCAGCCAACCUGUUAGUUUACAGCAACAUCCUCUACAUCUCACUGAGAUCCCUUCCCCCUUUCCUCUUAACCUCGUGGUCUCCUGCCAUCCCUUUUUGUUAGUUUCUGCCAGGCUCUUCUCUGAAAAAAAGACACCCUGCCACGUUAGCAGGGAACCUCAGAGCUCCCCAUCUAUGGAUUAGUCAUAUUUAAGACUUUUCAUGCUCUUCUCUCUCCAAGACACAGAAGAUCCUUCACUUAAAACACAUUUCAUUCAUUUUCUGCAUCAUUUCAUUUGAUCAGAGAUUUCUUCCCUUUUCUUCAUCUUUUCUGCAGUUUUACUAGUAAGUUCUCAAAGGAACUUUUUUCAUCAACAGACCAUCAGGUGUUUCAGGGUUCAUUUUCAUCCUUUUCAUUUUCAUGAACUGGCAGAUGUUUUUUUAGCUUCAUUACCUAGAGUUCACAAAUCCUAAGUAGACACAAUCUCUCUUCUCUUUUUGUGGCUAUUCAUUCAUUUUUCUGAAGUCACACUUGCUAAAAGUCUCCUUACAAAGACAGCCCUUCCCAUUUGCUGAGGGAACAUGAAGUGCACUGAUAUGGUAUGCUUCUGUAACAUUACUGCUGCUUUCAAAACACUGUGAUCCAGCCAUUCCUCCCCACCCCACCAGAGCAACAUAAGUGUGCUCUGACAAGGAGCCUUUGCUGCCCAGUGCCUCUGGUGGUGGUGUCCCAGCUUUCCAUCCACGACAGGUACAGAAAGAUGCAUUCAGCUGGUUCAGAAGCAUUUACUACUUGAAAGUCUUUCAGCCAAGGGAGGGCUGGGGUAAAAGUAGUAUGCCAGAUAGGUCCUUUCUUCUGUCUGGUGCUAUAUGAAUUAUGCUAAAUUUGCAUUGAUAAGACUGCAGACUUGGUCCCUGCUUACAUUACAAUUGAAAGAUCAGAAGCAUAUCUGAAAUGUGGCAUGUACGCUAAGGACAGGUGGACAGACCUCAGAAGGUUGCUAGUGAUGCGAAAUCAUCCCAUUCAGUUCUAUUCACUGCUUCAUCUGGGCACAAGGAAAAUCGGCACCGAUGAAAUUCAAAGGAGAUGACCAGAUUGUUGGAGUAGAAAAUAAUGACUAGGACAAGACAGGCAUACAGAUGAGUGGUGGUUAUUGAGGCAAAAGCGUUGCAGGUAAAACUAAGGAAGGGUGAUACCUAUAGAGCAAUGAGGUGUUUUUUCCUGAAAAGCAUAUGCUUAAAAGAAGGUUUCAUGUCACUGUUACUGCGGACAAAGGGCUGAACUUAUGCCCCUUGUGUAACAAGGUGUCAAAGAGAUUAAAGAGGCCCUGCAGGGACAAAAGAGCAGCAAGAGAAACAGCUUCUAGUUUCUGUGAACAGAGCUGAUGAAACUGGUACCACAGUGUUGCCUGCUCAGCUGAUGUCCACAUCUUUAAAGGACUAUCAGCAAACUGAAGACAUACAUGAUCUGCAGAGUAAUAACCUGCACUGUUGAUCUCGCAGUGACCUAUUUAAAACUCUCCACAGAUGCAUUUUAUGAAAGACGACAGAGAAGCUACUUCCCAUAUGAGUAUUUUAUUCUGGCGAACAAGAAACCAGUAGAUCCCACAGUCCGCAUUGUCUUCACAUCAAGCUUUUCUGUAGGAAACAAUUCAGCCAAAUACAAGCUAGUGGGCAGAGUAACAAUGUCAGAGGCAUAUAGGAUAGCAGUAAAUAGCAAAACUGAGCAUAAAGCUAUAUCUGUGUCCAGAAUGACACAGGAGAUUGAUCUAGAAGACAUAUCUCCUGUUUAGGAUCUAUUAUUUUCCCUCCCUCCUACUCAUCUCCUGUAGUUUUUUUGUUUGUACUUCUCAAAGUGACUCUUCAGUUUCUCCUGCUAACAAGGAAGCAGCCUCCCCUGUUGAGAAAUGGUUUUUACUUCUGCUUGGCCAGCCUCUUUUAGGACAUAGGGGAGAGCAGCAUUUGCCAGCUGCAAGCAUAGCUGUUCUGCCAGAGGGACUCAAAACCAUCCCAUUUGACCAGCACAUCCUCUGUGGUCAUCCCCUUUCCCCAGAUCCCCAGAGAGACAGGGCUCACUGUCUUCUCAGGAGAAAUUUGUAGAAACUGAUAGGCUUCCUGCUGUGAUAAAAACCAUGAGAAACCCCCAGCCCUUACACCACACACACCCACGACAUCCUACAUCUUAUUUGAUAGUUUGUGAGAGUUUGACCAUUAUCACCAUUUGCAUCAGGUCAGUAGUAGUUUUGCCAUAUAUAAAACCUGCUAUGGGAGACAUCAAGCAAAAAGGCAGUGUGAAUUUGCAUGCCCUCAUUUCUUUUCUUAGCAAGAUAAGCAGGGGUUAGGAAAAUCAAAGAAUAAACAAAAGGAGACUUCCCUACACUAAAUCUAUACAGCUCUUUAUUACCACAGCUACAUGGUAUAACUGGCAAAAUCAGUUAUCCCACAUAGAGGGACUAGAAACACACCUCCCACACACCCAUCAAGUGCCUCCCUCUUCUCUGCUCACUACAGAUGAUCCUUUCAUUAUUUUUUCUGAGUUUGAGAUGCGUUUUACAACCCGUGAGAAAGAGCAGUUUCUGUUGAACGAGAGCUACUUACUGACAUCUGCUUUUAACAAUUUUGGGUAAGAUGAAGGGGCUUUAACUCAGCAAUCAGGCUCUCACUGGAAACUUCGUAUUUCCUUACACACCAUAAGACACUUUAAUUUCUUUUCUGCAUUUAAAGGACCAUCUCUGGUGAGCACUGAGGAGAGAAACACUUGUGAUACGAUCUGUAAGGAAGUACACAGUUUCCGUUGACAGACACAGCUACCUUGUGACAUCUGCUUUUUGCAGCUGCUGGGUAUCGCAGUGUAGGCAGCACCUCACUGACGGAGUUACCUGGCCAAAAGCAAGUGAUUCCACUCCACUAGAACCAAGACUCUUCCUCGCAUCAUUUGAGAAGAAAAGGAGAGAAAAGGAAUUUGGGAAAAAAAACAUGAGUUCUUCAAGUACAGAGUCCUUUGAAGUUGACACCUCAACCUUAUAUGACUAUUACGAUAAUUAUAACGAUGCCCCAAAACCAUGCAGUAAGGAAACUGUCAAGAGGUUUGCAGCCUCCUUCCUACCUGUUCUAUAUACCCUAGUAUUCCUGGUUGGGCUAAUGGGAAACAUUCUGGUCAUAGUGGUCCUCUUCAAAUACAAGAGACUGAAGAGCAUGACUGAUGUGUACCUGCUAAAUCUCGCCGUCUCAGAUUUGCUCUUUGUUUUUUCCCUGCCGUUCUGGUCUUAUUUUGCGAUAGACCAAUGGGUUUUUGGAACUCCCUGGUGUAAAAUCAUUUCAUGGAUCUAUCUGGUUGGGUUUUACAGUGGGAUAUUUUUUAUUAUGCUUAUGAGCAUAGACAGAUACCUGGCAAUUGUUCGUGCAGUGUUUUCCAUGAAAGCAAGAACUACUUUCCAUGGCCUGAUUACCAGUGUUAUUGUAUGGCUGGUGGCUCUUUCAGCCUCAGUUCCAGAACUUGUAUUUAGAGAAUCUUUCCAUGAGCAAAAUUAUACUACCUGCAAGCACAGAUAUCCAGGAAAUUUUACGACAUGGAAACUCUUUUCCACUUUGGAAAUCAAUGUUUUAGGGCUUCUAAUCCCUUUUAUAGUUAUGGCAUUUUGCUACUCCAUGAUCAUCAAAACAUUAGUCCACUGUAGAAAUGAGAAAAAGAAUAAGGCUGUGAGGAUGAUCUUUGCUGUCAUGAUCGUAUUUUUCUUCUUCUGGACUCCUUACAAUAUCGUAAUUUUCUUACAAUUGCUGGAACUUAUUGGGGUCAUUAGAGACUGUCAAGCAAGCAGGAAUCUAGACUAUGCAUUCCAGAUAACGGAAAUCUUCGGCCUUUUUCACUGUUGCCUCAACCCAGUCAUCUAUUUCCUCAUGGGGGAAAAAUUUAAGAAGUACCUGAAGAUGCUCUUUAAGAACUGGUGGUUGCCUGGAGAUAUUUGCAAGUGGUGUGGACUUCACAUUAGUUACCACACCGAGUCUACCAGUUCAUUCCACACACAAUCUACUGGGGAUCAAGACGCGCUGUAAUGCGUUUCAGACCAACUGUUGAACUCACCAGAAAGCAAACUGACAAAAUCAGGAACUUUGAAAAGCUAAGCAAAUGCACAAGCAUCUAAUAAGCUAGCGCCUGAUAAUAAACUUACUUUAGCUUUGAUUUCUGCCUCUCAGAUUUUUCUGAAUAUUAUGACAGAAGCUGUCCUAGAUGUGAAACCUAGGAGAUGGACAUGCAAGUUUUACCUGCUGCAAUUACAAAUCACUGCUCAGAUUUCACAGCAGCCUCGGCUCACUGCAAGUACUGCGCUCUGCUUCUUGUUUUUCACCAGCAUCAAGACAGAGGUUGGCCUGCAUGGAGGGGUGAAGGAGAGAAUUCCUCGUCAUCAGGAAGCGCACUUGAAAAAUAUCUUUGAAGGAUAAGGAUGGUUAUUACCAUAUUUUUUAUUCUACAGCUGAUCUGUGUAGGACUUGUUUUCUCACACUCUUAAUGGCCACUGUUAUACAUUUCAUCUCAGGGAGAGGAUAUACUUUCUGUCAUUUAAAAAAAAAAAAAAAGGACACAAAAUGCACUCUUUCUGUGCACAAAGAAAGGAAGCCAAUGCAUUACACUGUGCUAUAAAUAUAGCUAUGUUUUCUCUCAGGUAUCCGAGCUCUCUAUAUACCUACAUUUAGGUAUAUAUAUAGGUAUUUUGAAUUACUUUAUCACCGUACUUCAGGAUGGCAAGUCUUUAUUAUUUUUAAUUAACAUUAAAAAUGUUCAGAUUUUUUUGGAAUAAAAGUGUUUUUUAAAUUUGUUUUUCAGCAUGUGUGAGUAAAUUUGAAGUAUCUUGAUUAUAAGUAUCUUUUUAAGUGAAUGUUCUUCAUUCCAAAAAUACCUACCUCCAAGACACAAUUUUCAUUCACUGUGUAUGCAUCUGGCAAAACAAAAUAAAGAGAGGCAGUGUAGGAAAGGUCUGCCAUAAUUUAUCCACACGUAAUUUAACCACACAAAGAACUGUAGCAUUUGGUAACAGAGCAGAAGGCAAAGAGUGUGAUACGCCAGUAGCCGCUCACAGAUGUACAUGAUAUUAAUCAGAUUGGUAACAGGAAGGAAACUCACACAGCAUUUAGAUUUUGGCACAAUUUUUUUUUUUUUCAAAAGGAAAAAUCAGUAUUGUGGUAGUAGAAAAAGUAAGAGUUGAAAAACCUAUACUGGAAAAUAUUUCUGAUGCAUCUUCUUUGCUACACGACAACUACUCAGCUGAAAGACUUUUGUCUUGGUUAGGCCAUCAAUAACAAGGCGCCCACCCAGCAUUCAGACAUGGCUACAAAUAGCAGACAAAACAUUAAAAUACAUGAGCAAAGAGCUGCAGAAAUGUAAAAAUACUAUAGUGCCUCUGUCCUGAUCACCCUAAAUUAGAAACAUAAAUGCAAGUUCACCUUCAUGGGAACUCUCUCAUGAUACAACAGACAGACUGAAAAUAAAAAACAGCACUCUUAAAUACUGAUGCACACACAUACCUUUCAUAAUUCAUUUUGGGAAUGCGUUACCAUCAGCAGCUCACUGAUGCCGACCGCUCCAAGCAAGGACUUGCAUUAAUGCAGAUAAUGCUGUGGAAGGCAUUACAAUACUAAAAAAAGUAUAUUCCUUGCCACAAAAAAGAAUUUUAAUUCUUACUAUUCAACACUUUACAAGUCACUGAGUAAAUCACAUAUGAAAACUGCCUCAAGGGGUGGGUUAACCCCUCUAUUACCUAUUUUGGAAAGGAAGAGCAAGACAAAUUGCAAGUAUCAGGUGCUGGAAAGUCUCACAGAUGUCACUGAACCCCACAACACAUCACUUCCAAGCCAGCACGGCAUAUCGACCUCACAGACGUGACACUGCUGACACAGGCACCAUGAUUUGCUGAGCUAUUCAUCAACCAAGUGCCUAGACUAAAUUGGAAGCAAGAGAGCAUAUCGUGUUUUUUUGUUGUUGUUGAUGUUGUUUUUGUUUGUUUGUUUUUUUCUUGGUCCUACUCUGUGACCCUUCUGGUCAAUAAGAUCAAAGAGGUCUUACAGAUAAACCUGGAACUGGCGAGAGACCUGGCUUUCCAGACUAGGUGAAAGGCUGCCUGUGCUGGCCCAACAAAAAUGAUGGUCAGGAAGCAAAAAACAACCCAUAGUAGGCUCUUGGAAAACACAAGAUAAGAAGGGUCUGGAGCUAAGACUGGCACUGAGGAAUGGCAACCAGAUGGCCAGCAGCUCGCAGGCUGGUCUGGCUCUGGGCGCAUACCCUGUGGCGGGGGAGGAUGCUGUGUCCAUUCAUGUGUGGAAUUAACAGGCCGCACCCAGCAGAUGCACAGCAUCACUUUAAAUUGUGCUAGUGUAAAGCCCUUUUUCCGCACAAAACUCAAAAGCUAGUUACUGCCGGGCUUUGUGCCCCACACCCCGUACACAUGUGCUUGGUGCACAGAGUGCCCAGUGCAGGCAGAGAUUCCUCCUGAUGAACAUUGCUCUCUCAUUUCUCUGUCCACUGAACUUCUUCCAGUCCUCCCAGUAAUACUCACAGCUACUUCACGGCUGUGUGAGAGCAACAAAGUUGACAGCUUUGCUCUGGACAGGUUUCCUGAAUCAGGUACAAGGGGGACCUCACCAUUAAGUGGUGGGCACAGGAAUCCAUAGCCUGGGACUGAGGCUCACCAAAACUGGGUAGUUGUCUCCUCUCCAUCGCCUGCAACAAACCCUCCUCCCUGCCAGGCACCGACCUGCUGUGGAUAAUGCCACUCCUCUUUUGAAAGAGGGCUUUGAAAUCUGCCAGUGAGAAAGGAUGAGAUAACAGUAUGAAUACAGACAAAAAUAAAGCAGGGAUUUUCAAAAUGUCAUUUGACCAAAGGUGUCAUUUUAGCUGAACAAGAGUUUCCAAGCGAUGAAGGAUGGUACAUACAGACCUAUUGAACCAUGAAAGAAAAUGGAUAGAUAUUUGAGUGAAGCAAAGCUGACUCAUUCCUAAACCCACAUUUUUACAUCAGGGUUCCUCGGAAGGCCACUCAGAGCAACUGAGGAGAGGACGUAAAGCUGCCACAAAAGUGCAGAUGAGAGAAAAAAAAUCAGCUUCAUGACAUCAAAUAUAAAUAACAAUGAAAAGGUUAAAAAAAAUCUUGGUAGGUUUGUUUUCAUACAACACAUAGGUCAGUGCAGUCAUUCCCUAAACAUACAGCUGAAUUACACUUACUAGCUUUUUUCUCCUGAGCAUGGUUUCAUCCCUUUUGAUUGUGCAGAACAGGCAUCAUGGAAGGCUGCUCCGCUCGGUCUGAGAGCCAUCCCUGGAAAGAAACUGAGAGAUCACUACUCUCCUUCCUAUGCUACUGCUGCUUGCCUCUGUUCUAGCAACGGGUCUGGACACCUGGUCUUAAGGACAGUGCAAUUCAACAGGCGCUACAAUGCUCCCCUGCUACCAGGAUGCUUCUAGUGAUCUACACUCACACAUUUUCCUCCAGGAGCUCAUAACAGUUUCCUGUUUUUAUCUAGAAUUUCUCUCUUAACAUGGCCUGAGACCAGCCUCAUCAAGUCCCAGACCUUAUGCAAAUAUUUCCAUUUGACUUGAUUUACAGUUAGAAAUCAAGAGCCGUUCAGUCAAAAUGACCACUGAAAUGUUUAAGGGCAAUGCCUACAAAGAGCUCAACAGGAAAGUUGACUGCACUACUCCAGCCAUGAAAUAAGGUUUUAAGCAGAAGACUGGAAAUUAAUAGUCACUAUGAUUGCAAUGAGAUUCCUUGCAUUCACAUAUCUGAUAAAAACACCCAAAGGUGGUGUAGUACUGAUCACAUUUGCAGUAAUCUUACUGUAACACAGCAAUGAUGUAUGCCAGUGUCACUGGCAGUCAUAGAGAAUCACCCUGGAUAGAGCAAGCACUAUCAAGUGGGUACACACCAAGUUAGAUGCUUGCAGGAAGAUUUUCUUUUUCACAGUCGUUCAGAGGCAACAUCCAUCAGAAAAAUAAAGUGAACAAAAUCCAAUCUUACAGGACAGUAAUCAAGUCAAAGACAUCUCUUGCAAAAACAAGGCUCAAAAGUGGAAAAGCCCUUUAUCUGUUUCAGACUGGCAAAAUCCAGCUCCUUUCCCAACUCCUUGACAGAGCACAGGCACAACUACCAAAUGCUGCUAUACUCUUUCCCUUGGAGGAACAUAACUAUCCACAGAUCCUUCAUAUGCUCAGCUCAAAAGAAGGCUGCUCACAAGCCAUGCUCAGUGUCCCAGAUCAAAGGUUUUCUCUUCAUUAGUUUCUGGUCCUCCUUUGAACUCUCAGAAAUAGUAGCAUGUGAUAUCUCCGCUGAAAAUAGUAAUGUGUGAUAUCUCCACUGAAAACAGUAAUUCCUUCUCUUACACAACAUGGGUCCAUUAAAAAAAAAAAAAAAAAAAAAAGCUGCCAUCUUAUAGCUAAGGGAAUUAUGGCACAGAGCAAGAGCUCAGCCAUAUGAACACGGUGCACGUUUUUGACAGAAUCUCAGGGCACAUCCAGCUCUCCUUGGGGAGGAUUUUCAUUUCAGCUCAGUGAAGAAGACUCCAGAUCAGAGCUGCCCACAUUGUGCCCUUUCUGGUAGCCAAAUCUGAGAGAUCCCAAUCAGGAAGGUUCCAGUCUGCAUCCAGGUUGUGUGAGGAGGGCUGUGGGUUAAUAUGAAGGGUAUCUGGAGGUAAAUGGAUGAAGAUGAUGAGGUAAUGCCAAUACAUUAUGUUCUUCACUGGUGUAGAGGGUGUUGUCUGUCUUAAAACACCAGAGAGCAAGGAUCCUGUUUGCAGAUGACUGAAAGAAAAAAAAAUUUGCACCCUCUGUGUAAACACAGACCGAGUACAUGGUUGAUCAAUGUAUCCUACAUCUUUAGUUUUUGCGUUGGUGUUUUCGUUUCAAGUCAUCUUGGAAUGGCUGAAGUUUCUCCGUGUUUUAAUGUUUCUAAGUAACAGCAUACAUUCAGUAUGUGCAGCUGCUGAGCUAAAUGCUGCAAGCUUUUCAUUCUGGGUGCUGCAAAAUAAAAACUACUACGGCACUAAGAAUUUUUGGAAAUUCCAGGACGGUCUUUUUUUCCUUGCUUUUGCUUUUAACAACUAUAGCAAAUAAUCAAGAAUCUGAUCUUCAAGAAUCUGAUUUGUUUCCACAGAUACAAAACCCUCAUAAAAGGCAGUCUCAGUGCUACUAGCAUACUGUAAGACAACAAAGACUGAAUGAAGACCUACAUUACCAGAUCCACUCUUGCUCAAAAGAGGUCAGGGGCAUUUGAUCAGCAUUUUACAAGUAGCUCUGAACAGACAAGUUCAGGAUGAGAUUUAUAUACUUGGGAUAGCUGAUUGGAAAGGCAGCUGAACAUCCCUGUAAGAAAAAAGCGUAUUUGUCUCAUUUGCACUGUAACUUUGCACUAUGCUAAAUAUCUCCAGAGAAGUAUUAUGGUUUGGGGCAGGUAAGAGAGGAGAAGGUUCCUCCCUGACUCUUACCCAGUCUCCAUCAAGCACAAAUAGAAAGAGCUCUACUAGCUAGUAGUAGCACAAAAGCAUCUUAAUCAAAGCAAACAAAGACCACAACAGAUCUCAAUACUUGCUCAUAACUGGUAAACUGAAAUUUGACCACAAGUAAGACCAUGACCGCAGACAGAGUGACUUGCCUUUUCCGCUGCUAAAGUAUGUGGGAAAGGUGUAAAGAGCUUGCAGACAAGAAAGACAGAGGAUGGCUUUCCUUGUUUUUUAUGCACUUCAACUCCUUGUUGCUCAUUCACAAGGACCAGGAAUGAAAAGAAAACAAGGCUGGUUGACUGCAAGGAACGUUGCCUGCAGGUCCUGCAGACAAGCCCUGCUGAGAGUUUGCAGAGCACAGGUCUGCCCUUACUUUCAAAAUUCCUGUUGGGACUUCUGGAAGAGUAAAACUCAUCGCAUGAAGUGUUGAACAAAAGACUUGCCCUGCUACAGAGAAGGGGCUGAAGAGUUUACAAAAUGAAAGAAAAAAAGAAGUUUGGAUGUAGGCCAUUUGCUCCUCAGCUCUGCUUCACUGAGCUACCCAUGCAUAAUUCAGGUCAGUACUCACUUCUUUUCAUCAGAAAUACUAGGGAACUGCCGACCCCCCCCCCCCCCCCCCCGCCCCGGGGAAGCUGGCUCCCACCUGCUCCCACUCUUGCUUCUCACAUGAACACAUGUGCCACAGCCCUCCUCUCCCACAGUCACAUGGAGUUAAAAGUAAAUCCAUUCACUUCCUCGCCAGCUAACACUCAAGUUCUCCGCACACAGUGAUCACACAAGUAGGAUGUCUGGGUUGUGACUACACUAGCAGAACAUUUUGCAUUAGAAAAGGCAAGUUCAUGCAAAUCUGAACAAUGGAGAAUAUGGAUUUGUGAUGGCAUCGGUGAAAGAGCAACACCUAAACCAAUGCUAUUGCUUAGAUUUUGUUUCAGCUUCAGAGUCAAACUAUUUUAGAACAAGUGCAGCCUAUUUUUAUCAUAUUUGAAUUUAAGUAUUUCAUUAUUUCUACUCCAAAUUCUUGUUAAAUUCCAGUUAUUUACAUAACUUGUUAAAUUCCAGUUAUUUAACAAUUUGAGUCAGGGCCCAAGAAAGCAAGCUCAGCAUUAGAUAUCCAAGCUUCUGCAGAAUUUUUCUUCAGGUAUUGUUUUUUUUUUUUUUCUUGUAAUACCAGAAAUUGGUAUGUACAGAUUGAGGACAACUACUAAUUGGGUCAGAUGGAAAAAAAGUAAAUCACCUUUUCUAUAAGGUAAUUCAUAAUAAAAUGCUGAUUCAUAUAUAAUAGCACUGAAGAUGUUCUCACAAUAAAAAAAAAAUCAAUCAUAAUAUAUGGAAUGACUAAAUGUGGCUUCGAUUUUCAGGAGGACACAUGACCAUAUCUAAGCCCAACACAUUAACUGUCACGCCAAUAUAAAACAUUGGCUGUAUAUGGGCUCUCAGGUUCCCGGAGGGAGAAAAAAGUAAAAAGAGUUCUCAAAAUGUCAAGUAUUUGUACAUAAUUAGUUGUAGAAAAGCUGAUAGUCCCUAAUAAUUGAGUAAAUAGUAUUUACUAUUUAUUUAUUAUAAAAGUAGCUUGUAUCAAUGUCUAUUUUAACAAAGCCUCCGAGCAAAAUCUGUCAUGUUUUCUAGACCUGCAACCGUAAGAUCCCACAAAGUUACUGCUUUAGCAAAAAUAAAACAUUUUUUUUUAAAUGGUCUGUGAGAUCCUUUACAGAAGCCAUAUCUCCCUAGUUGGUGCAUGGGACAAGCUAGAUGUGUUUACUCCAACACAAGCAGCUGCUGAGGCUCGAGGAGGAGACCUGGCACAGACCCAUCAGCUAGUCGUGUUGAACGGACACUGGUUGUGCUUAGGAAAAAAAGAAAAACAACACUAUUACCUGCUGCUUACUAGACAGCUUCCACUGUUUCCACUUCGGUAUGGUAACAAGGUGCAGACUUAAACAUUGUAUAAGUUGCCUAACCAGGUCUGUUGCUAUCUGUCACAGAGCCAGUAUGCCCAAAAUAGCACCCUUAACCUAUACUCCCUGGAGAAAAAACAAACAAACAAACAAAC